GGAGUUCACACCGCAAGAAGUGACAUUGCCGCCAAGAUGAAGAAGAAGGUGCUAUUGAUGGGCAAGUCGGGGUCAGGGAAGACGUCCAUGCGCUCCAUUAUCUUUGCCAACUAUCUCGCGCGUGAUACGAUGCGACUUGGACCGACGUUGGACGUGGAACAUUCCCAUGUGCGGUUCUUGGGAAACCUCGUGCUCAACUUGUGGGAUUGCGGCGGGCAAGACGCGUUCUACGAAAACUACUUUGAAAGCCAGCGCGACCACAUCUUCCGCAGCGUCGAAUUGCUCAUUUACGUGUUCGACAUUGAGUCGCGCGAGCUGGAAAAGGACAUGAACCACUUUGACGGAUGCCUCGAGGCGAUUGAGCAGAACUCGGAAUCGGCCAAGGUGUUUGUGCUGAUCCACAAGAUGGAUCUUGUGCCCGAGUCGCAGCGGGACGCCGUAUUCGAGCAACGCAAGGAAAUGAUUCUGUCUCGUACGGGGUCGAUCCCGACUGUGUGCUUUGGCACAUCGAUCUGGGACGAAACACUCUACCGCGCCUGGUCUACCAUCGUGUACUCUUUGAUUCCGAACAUGCAAGACUUGGAGAACCACCUGAACGAGUUCUGCGCGAUCUGCAAUGCCGACGAGGUCGUACUUUUCGAACGCGCCACCUUCCUCGUGAUCGCCCAUGCGACACACAAGAGCCACCGAGACAUCCACCGGUUUGAAAAGAUCUCGAACAUCAUCAAACAAUUCAAGCUGAGCUGCUCGAAGACGCAGGCGCAGUUCCAGGGCAUGGAGGUGCGCAACUCCAACUUCACCGCGUUCAUGGACUUUUUCACCAACAACACGUACAUCAUGGUGAUCAUGAGCGACGACUCGAUUCAACCCGCCACGACGCAGCUCAACAUCAAGGCUGCGCGCCCUGUCUUUGAGCGAUACGUGCAGCAAGCCAAUUAAGUACAUAACGAGGAUACACGACAACUGAGCCCGGUCAUGCUGA